CCGCUCUGAUAUCCCGGGAUCGACUUUGGCUCCGUACCCCGUGAACACGUGAACAGCCCGCCAGAUCACCUGAUCACAUCGUGAGUAUUGGCCCAACUCUACUAUCGUCCACAUCGUUCCCCGCAAGCUCCGUCCAUCACGCCCUCCGUCACUGCGCGUUCCACCUAUCACCGCUUUGCUGCGGCUCGGUGCACGCCGCAUGUUCCCAAUAGGCGUCGCAUCUGCUCGCAAUGCGCGCAUGCGCGCACAUCUCGUCGUCGCCAGUCAUCAACACGCAAGCGCCCUGAUGCUGCUGUUCUGGCCGGGCUGGAGACGUGCACCAUUACGUCCAGCCACUGCUCUAUAAUCCCUUGCAUUCAUUGUGCCCUCUGCUGUCCAUCUGGCCCAUUGCCGCCCACAACUCGUGAAGUUCACAUGGCGCAGUUCAUGCACGGCCAGAUCACGCUGCGAGUCUGCCACGCUCUACACGGACGGCUCAAAAGUCGCGAGCAAGCCGCCACAACCCACUGGCUCUCUACUUAUCGCAAGGCGAUGGUGCCACCGGCACGGGGCAGGCCAGAUGCAACGCAACAGAACAUGUCAUGUCACUUUGACGUCUCCUGCGGCGUUCUGAGCUUGUGCCGAGCGGCACUCUGCGAAUGCCAUUGACGAUGAAAUAAUACUGCAACCUUGAAAGGACACAUUUGCUUCUUGACGAAUAUACGGAGGAGGAUAUGGAUGCUGACCUUCAUAGUCCUCGGUGAGGUCGAUCUCGGCACAGAACCACUUUCACGCUGGUCGCUUGCACCAGAGCACCUA